GCCCAAAAAAAUAUAAAGAGUUCGUAUGACCCACGCUGCUUAGCUUCUCUGAAUUACAGCCGAUCCGUGUCCGACCACCGCAAUAUCCUUCCUCGUCCGACUACGACAACGACUCUACUUCCUCUCCUUUCCUUAUAAUGCGAACACACCACCCGCCUAGCUAACACGAACGCAGAGCUACAAGCUUCUCCUGUUGAUCAGAGGCAUCGAUCAGCAUGAACCCGGCCGCCGGUAUGUUCCCAGUGUUUCCGCCGCCGCCGCCGCCACCUUUCCACCAUACGUUCCCGAUGCAGCCCCCGCCGUACUUCUACCAUGCACCCAUGUCGCCGGUAUGGGCAUCGUGGCCAGUCCCUGUGCGCUCCGUGUGGGCAUCCAACUUCAAGCAUGAAUCGGCCAACCUCUGCCACGUCGCCAGGAGAGCCCAGUACGUCGCCGUCGACGUGCACUACCCGGGCGUCGUCCACCACCCCGGCAAGGACCACAACGCCCUCACCGUGGAGGAGCGCUACGCCCUCGUGAAGGCCAAUGUCGACGACCUGAAGCCGCUGCAGGUCGGCAUCGCGCUCUACGACAGCCACGGCGGGUACAUCGCCGCCUGGGAGUUCAACCUCCGCGACUUCCGCCCCCAUGCCGACCCGCGCGACGAGAACUCCCUCGCGUACCUCGCCGGCCGCGGCCUCGACGUCGGCGCGCUCCGCGACCACGGCGUCAGCGCCGACAUGCUAAGCAAGAAGCUGUUUGAAUCCGGCCUGGUCGGCGCUCGGCGUGGGCGAUCGCGGAGUUGGAUCACCUACGCCGGGGCCUACCACGUCGCGUACCUGCUCAAGGUCGUCACCGGCGGGGCCGCCCUGCCGCGAGACGUGGCCGGGUUCAACGGCGCCGUGCGGCGUUACCUCGGCGACCAGGUCUAUGAUGUCGUCAGGAUGGCGGCCGACUGCCCGGCCAUGCCGAUCGGGCUGGAGCACAUCGCCGAUUACCUCGGCUUCCAUCCGCCGCUGGGGAGCCCUCGCCUCGCAGCUGCUGCCAGCGUGCACGCGCUGCAGGUCUUCAUGCGGCUGAAGUACGUAGAGCUCGGCGGCGACGUGCGAAAAUACCGGGGUCUUCUUAAAGGCCUGCACUAGCUAGGUCGAUCUCACACCAGCAAUGCUGAGCUCAGAAUUCAAAGCUCGUGCAAGGAAGACUGAUGCUGAUUUGCGUCCAUGGUAACUCUGAUCAAGCCCUUGAAGUCCGAAGUCUGAAGAAUUCCGUUUCGAAAAAAGUCAACAAAAAAAAAUAGUACUCCUUCCCAUCGAAGAGAGUACCAAACCAGCGGCACUUACAUGGAUCGAAGAGAGUACUCUUAGUACUAGUUUUUUUUAAAAAGUUCAAGCAUAGAGUACGAAAAUUU